UACCAAUUUCUUAAUACUUGUACUUAAAGUGUUUAUUUAUCGGUUGCUUUUGUGUAUGUUUUGGGUGGGUUUAAAAUCAAAUUUUGUAUUCAAUAUGUAAUUGUUAAUUUUUUUAUGUCGAGUCAAAUUAGAUUCGGUUACAAGGUCGGAUAGUUAUUAGGUCACCGGUUCUGUUUUUAACAUCGUUGCAAUUUCUUAGAAUGGAGUUAGAAUACCAACUUUUUUUACAACCUGUUGUAGGCUUGAACUCGUAGUUGCAAUGUUACAUGAUUUAACUUUUUAGAACUAGUAAAUUUUCUUCAUACACUAUGAAAAAUCUUCUUUUUGAUUGCGAAUCCUGUGAUUACUUGUUCAAACUGUUGCUCAUUGGAGAUUCUGGUGUUGGCAAAUCCUGUCUUCUAUUGAGGUUUGCUGAUGAUGCCUAUCUUGAGAGCUACAUCAGCACCAUCGGAGUUGAUUUUAAAAUACGAACUGUUGAACAAGAUGGUAAGAGCGUCAAGCUUCAAAUAUGGGAUACGGCCGGGCAAGAACGUUUCAGAACUAUUACUAGCAGCUACUACCGAGGUGCUCAUGGAAUCAUUGUUGUUUAUGAUGUGACUGACCAAGAAAGCUUUGACAAUGUGAAGCAAUGGCUAAAUGAGAUUGACCGUUACGCAAGCGAUAGCGUAAACAAACUUCUUGUUGGAAACAAAUGUGACCUGACUGAAAACAAAGUUGUCUCUUAUGAGAUGGGUCAGGCGUUUGCGGAUGAAAUUGGUAUCCCCUUCUUGGAAACCAGUGCCAAGAGUGCUACUAAUGUGGAACAAGCGUUUAUGGCUAUGACCGGUGCAAUCAAGAAUAGAAUGGCUAGCCAACCUGCUUUGAAUGUAAGGGCACCAACAGUUCAACUAAAAGGACAGUCAUUGAAUCAGAAAGCAGGCUGCUGCUCAUCGUGAAGACGGGAGGGCGGAAGAAUCUCUCUCUUAAAUGGUUAUAGAGUAAUUUUAUUGUUGCAAACGUAGUUCUCUGAACGAUAUCGUUGAGAAAGUAUAAGAUUGUUCCUGCUGGGUUCACUUGACCGACAAAACUAUCUUUUCAUUUUUCCAUUGGUUACUCGUUUAGAAAACAUGUGUACAUAUACUCGGAGAUGAACUGAGUUCACUGCUUUUCUAUAACCAAGUGUAGAGCUCGAAUAAACGAGUCUCGAAGAGAUUUUGAAAAAUUAAGGGUCCUUUCCAAAUUCUAUGUUCCUAAGACACAAGUGAAAGGAAGCAUUAUGUUUUUUCGGGUUUUUGGUUCAAUUUUGUUACCUGUACAAUGUACACAUAAUUAGCAUGUUUAUUGAAUGCAUUUUUAUGGAUGGUGAUUAAAUC